AUGAAAGACAACCAUUUGGACGAAAUACUCAGAUAUCAUACGGAAAUAGUGUUCGCCCGGACAUCACCGCAACAGAAGCUCUUUAUAGUAGAAGGCUGUCAACGACAGGGAGCUAUAGUAGCCGUCACUGGCGAUGGAGUUAACGAUUCGCCGGCUCUUAAGAAGGCAGACAUCGGCGUCGCGAUGGGUAUCGCCGGGUCUGAUGUCUCCAAACAGGCGGCGGAUAUGAUUCUAUUGGACGACAACUUCGCGUCGAUAGUGACGGGUGUAGAGGAGGGACGGCUUAUAUUUGAUAACUUGAAAAAGUCGAUCGCAUACACACUCACCAGUAAUAUACCGGAGAUAUCGCCGUUUUUAUUCUUCAUUAUCUUCAACGUCCCGCUCCCGUUGGGAACCGUUACUAUUCUGUGCAUCGAUUUGGGCACAGAUAUGGUUCCCGCGAUAUCCCUGGCCUACGAACAGGCAGAGAGCGAUAUAAUGAAACGACAGCCAAGAGAUCCUAAGAAAGAUAAGCUCGUGAACGAGAGAUUGAUAUCGGUUUCCUACGGACAGAUAGGUAUGAUUCAAGCGGCGGCCGGUUUUUUCGCGUACUUCAUAAUUCUGGCCGAAUCCGGGUUCAAAUCAGACCAUCUGUUUGGGCUCAGAGAGCAGUGGGACUCGAAGGCUGUCAACGACUUGGAGGACUCUUAUGGCCAGGAAUGGACAUACAAAGCCCGCAAAGAGGUUGAGUACACGUGCCACACGGCCUUCUUCGUGUCCAUAGUGGUUGUCCAAUGGGCUGAUCUCAUCAUCUGUAAGACUAGACGAAACUCAAUCAUACAUCAGGGCAUGAAGAAUCAUGUCUUAAAUUUUGGCCUCUUAUUCGAGACCUGUUUAGCAGCUUUUCUCUCAUACUGUCCCGGAAUGCCAUUACUCUUGAGAUUAUAUCCAUUAAAGUUGAGCUGGUGGUUCCCAGCGUUGCCUUUCUCACUAUUGAUAUUCGUCUACGACGAGGCCAGACGGUUCAUAUUGCGCCGGAACCCGGGCGGUUGGAUUGAGCUCGAGACCUACUAUUAACACCCGGGUGCUCGGCCGACAUCAAUUAGGGGAAAUGGAUUGCAGACUCCAACACACAUACAAAAGCACAAGAAUUUUACAGAAUAUUUGUCGACAGAAUAUACAUAACUUGGAGAAUGCAACCACUUUUUGAUGUGUAUACUAGAU